AUGCCUCGCCCCAAAAGAAAAGCGGUCCCACCAAUUACUUCCACUGACGUUGAUUCUUCUCUUCGUACUGUUUCAGUGUGCCAGUUGCUGAAAACAAUAUUGGAUUAUUUGCCUUCAUGUUUCUUACGGUUAAUUAAGAGGGAGAGGGUGUUGGUGGUGUUAGAACCAAAGAAAUCAACCACAAAGCAAUUUGAUCGAAUAGAUAACCUAUUUGAAUCAUAUGCAAAUAAGUCACUGGGUUUGAUUGACCCAGACGGGAUUGUGGCACUUUGUAAAGACGUGCAUGUGGAUCAUACAGAUGUUAGAAUGCUGAUACUUGCUUGGAAAUUGAAAGCUGAAAAACAAGGUUAUUUUUCCAAGGAUGAGUGGCGAAAAGGGCUCAAAUGUUUAGAGGCGGACACACUCCCAAAGUUAAGAAAGGCUAUUGGUGGACUGAAGAAAGAGGUGAUGAUACCAGAGUGCUUUGAGGAUUUUUAUUCCUAUGCAUUUCAAUACUGCCUAACAGAAGAUAAGCAAAGGAGUGUAGAUAUCGAGACCAUAUGUGAGCUGUUGAAUGUCGUUCUGGGAUCUGAAUUCCCCAAUCAAGUCAAUUUAUUAACUGAGUAUCUAAAGGUCCAAAGUGACUACAGGGCACUAAACAUAGAUCAUUGGAGAAACUUUUAUCGGUUUUUUAAGGAGGUAAGCUUUACGGAUCUUCGAAGUUAUGACUCCAGUCAAGCAUGGCCCGUGAUCCUCGACAAUUUUGUUGAAUGGUUAAAAGAAAAAGGAGAGAAAAUAUAG